AUGCGCGCUACCCUGACCCAUCAACAACAGAGCAAUAGCACACAGUCUUCAACCGCCUUGGCCGUCAGGACGAACGUGGUGGAAACAUACAACACCAUGGCCCCCGAACAGCAGCCACAACAACAACAACUUCAGCAACGAUCUUUCACCGUCCAAGAUCCUCAACCAUACUACACACAGCUCACCGCCGUCAGCCAACAUCAAUAUCCGUCGCCAGUCAUGAACCAGACUACCUGGUCCUCGCCACAGUCCAUGUCUACAGAUGAAUUUGACAACUACUCAUAUCGCGGCCAGGCCGUUCAGUCGGCAUACAACCCAGCCUCUCUCUCACCGAGAAGCUGGUCCUCGUCAACCCAGACUCCCCCACCGGUGCAAGCCUCCCAGUACGAGUUGCCCAUUCGUUCUCAGGAACCAGCCUUUGGGCUUGCCAACGACCACUUGACAAUGUCGCCAGAGACGCUGCGCGGAACAGAUCUGAACGUCUCUCUUCACUACAGUAACAGCGGCUAUCCCGACGGCUUUGAGCAGCGCCAUUUUGAUCCCGAGCCCUUGCAGCGAACUCUAGAGAGCGAUAGAGUUCACUACGCAUCUUCGCCAGGUACCGACGCUCCUGGGUCACCCUACGGCGGCUCUCCGACCUCAUUCCACGUUGGCGACUUGCCCGAUGUCAUCCCGGACCUCGGUAGCCACAGUCCUUCUACCAAGGCCAACCCCCAGCCAGAUGCUGCCAACAACAACAACGGCGAGGGUCCGCCUUACGCCAAACUCAUCCACAGAGCCCUCAAGAACGCACCAGACCACUCCAUGACUCUGCAGGAGCUCUACAAGUGGUUCAGAGACAACACCAACAAGCCUCAGAGGACCGAGAAGAACGGGUGGCAGAACAGCAUCCGCCACAACCUCAGCAUGAACGACGCGUUUCAGAGAAGAGAGAAGGAGAUCUUCACGCAACCAGACGGCCACACGUCUAACGAGAAGCGCGUGUCUGAGUGGUAUCUCAACCCCAAGUACCUUGAUGACAUCCUGCCGACCACGCACUUCCGUGAUGGCAACCGCGGCGGCACCUCGCGCAGCCUCCUCGGUCGCCGUGCCUGCAACGCCGCCGCCGCCAACGCCAACGCGCUCGGCGGCGGUCCCAUUAGCAUGGGAAGACAUAACAGCCCUCCCCGCUCUUCCACCAUCACGCACUACCCGAAUCCCGACUAUCCCAACCGUUCCAUGCCCGGCCGCGCCAUUUCUGGACGCCGUGGAGGCCGCGCCACGACAAACUCCCGCAACGCAAGGCGCCAACGAUCCCAGACCGGGUCCAUGAGCCCCGUCAUGGCCUCGCAACAUCACCACCAGCACCACCACCAUCAGCAGCAGCUUCCUCCGCACAUGCAGAUGCACGAGGAAAUGAUGAGACGGAGCCAGGUGGCCAACGAGCAGUGUUUCCAACAGCAGCAGCAGCAGCGCGAGAUUCAAGCUCGCGGCGGUCCUCUCAACCUCAGCCCCAUGUCUCCAACAGGAACCGUCCUUAUUAGCAGCACGCCCGGCGGCGGCAACAUCACAACUCCCACCAGCGCUCCGGGGUCCUUCAUGGCCGCAGCCCAGCCCUACCAGUUCCAGGGCUAUGCCAUGGCUGAUGUCUCUGGAGUGUACAGCCCUUCGACACCCACCGACGGUGCCAUCUAUGGAUGGGGCUCCAACGCCCAAUUGUGA